GUUAGUUCCGAGCAAUUCCGGCAAGUACACACGUAGGCAAUGGCGGCCACAGCCAGGGACCCUCCGCCCAACCACAGCGACUUCCAGGAGGUGGAAGACGCUGAGGACCUGUUCCCGGAGCUGGCUGGCGGCCCUCGCGAGGAAGUGGAACAAAGCGGCAAGAACUCCAACGGGCCCAAGCAGGACUUUGACCAUGACACAGAUGACCUGUUUGCUGAGGCCACUGAGGAAGUGUCGCUGGACAGUCCGGAGAGAGACGUACUGCUGUCAGACGGGCCUUCGCCUGCCAUCACGCCCAUCACACCACCCACCUCUGUCAUCACGCCACGCAUAGGACAUGCCCAUGACGACAUGUUUACACAUUCCUCCUUCGACGAGAUAGAAGAAGAUGAGUACAGCAACAUCUUGGACGUUCUCAUCUCUGUGUCAGAUCCUGAGAAAGUUGGUGACGGCAUGAACGCGUACAUGGCCUACAAGGUUACCACCAAGGUGUCGCCGUCUUCAUCGUUGUUCAGGCUCCCUGAGUUCUCGGUCAAGCGUCGCUUCAGUGACUUCCUGGGCCUUCACGGGAAGCUGACGUCCAAAUACAUGCACGUGGGCUACAUCGUCCCCCCCGCGCCAGAGAAAAGCAUUGUGGGAAUGACCAAGGUGAAGGUUGGGAAGGAGGACCAAUCCUCUAAUGAGUUUGUGGAGAAGAGAAGAUUGGCCUUGGAGAGGUACCUGAUGCGCACAGUACAGCAUCCCGUCCUGCUCAAGGAUCCUGACCUCGUUCAGUUUCUGGAGAGUUCUGAGUUGCCGCGGGCCGUCAACACGCAGGCGCUGAGCAGUGCAGGCCUCCUCAGGAUGGUCAACAAGGCGGCUGAUGCAGUCAACAAGAUGACCAUCAAGAUGAACGAGUCGGACGCUUGGUUCGAGGAGAAGCAGCAACAUUUUGAGAAUCUUGAUGUACAGCUGAGGAAACUGCACGCCAGUGUUGAGUCACUUGUGUGUCACAGGAAAGAGUUAUCUACGAACACAGCGCAGUUCGCCAAGUCUGCAGCCAUGUUGGGCAACAGCGAGGACCACACGGCGUUGUCCCGAGCUUUGUCUCAGCUGGCUGAGGUGGAGGAGAAGAUGGAGCAGCAGUACCAGCAGCAGGCCAACGCUGACUUCUACUUUCUGGCGGAGCUCCUCGGAGACUACGUGCGCCUCCUCGCCGCCGUCAAGGCUGUGUUUGAGCAGCGUGUGAAGGCCUGGCAGAAAUGGCAAGACACUCAACUUCUACUGCAGAAGAAACGAGAGGCCGAAGUCAAACUGCAGUUUUCAAAUAAAUCGGACAAAGUCCAGCAGGCCAAAGACGACAUCAAAGAGUUGGAGGGCAAAGUCCAGCAGGGCGAGCGCGACUUUGAGCAAAUUUCCAGAAUCAUUCGGCGAGAAGUGAGUCGCUUCGAGAAGGAACGCGUCAACGACUUCAAGAGCAUCAUUACCAAAUACUUGGAAGCCCUCGCGCUCACGCAGCAACAGCUGAUUAAAUACUGGGAAGCGUUCUUACCAGAGGCCAAGGCCAUCUCAUAGAUCACCCACAAUGCACCUGGCCUCCUAACCAGGACCCCCAGCGAGCGCAUAUUCUCCUCCUCUUUUUUUUUUUUCUUCUUAAUCACCUGACUGGGGCGGAGCUUCUUUUUCUGUGUUUUGAAUGCACCGCUGGCCCAAGAUGGCAUCCACUUUUUGUAUUCAUGAAGUCGGAAUCUUUGUCAACUUUUCUUCUUUUGCCAAACUUUCCCGUCUUCUUCACAAACAGCCACAUAAAAAUGAAACAAUGUAACAUUUUUUAAACUAGGCCGUAUUCGCUUACGAGCUCAUUAUUCAAAUAUAAGCAGUUAUUUAAAAACAUCAACCAUUAUCCCCAUUUAUUUUAGAAGUUUCAGUGACAGCUCAUGUGCUAGCCUGUUAGCUAAAUGCUAAUGCUAGACAGCACAAUACUGAAAUUUAGGUGUAGUGUCAAUAAUCAACAAUUCUGUCUGCUAAUCAAUAAAGUGCUAAUUUAUUUUCGCUAAAAUGUGAAAUCAGAAAUGCCGUCCAGUCGUCUGAGAAAUAGUCAUGAACAGGGAAGAAUAUUGAAAAAUAUCAUUCGUCAGCAACUUUUUCACUUGCUUACGGCUCAGAUGCUUUGCUAACUAGCAGCUAGCUAGUGUGAAAAAAUGUUUGCUUAAAUUGUUUUUCACCACUUCAUCUUAAUUCUUUUUUUUUUUAAUUUUUAAUUUGUUUUUUUAUUGUUAUUUUAUACAACUUGUUAAUGUCAGCUGGCUCACUAAACGGGCUGUCCAGAUGAAAAAAAUCCUUGCCCCUGUCACAUUUAAUGCCUCCUAACGCUAGCAUCAUCGCUGAUAGCACUACAGGGGUGUUGAAUUGUCAACUUUUCUCUUUUACUCUUUGGUUUAGCUUUGCAUGCUAAUCAAGGAGUAUUUGACUUUUGGGAGGAGCUAAUCAUGCUAAUUUAUUAUGACAAAAAUGUGAACUGAGAAAAGGCAUCUUGGAAGAGCGCUCAAAAUGCCUUGACCUUGAUGUUGUCUUGUGAUUCUGACACUAACUACUAACUAGCUAGUGUGGCCUGCCUGCUCUAUGAUCUCAAUACACUUAAAAUCUUUGUAAUAUUUAUGAUUCAAUUUCUACACUUCUACAAAGCAUUUACACCAAACAUGCUAGACCGCUAACUAGCUUGCGGCAGGUUAAUCUGUUGGAGAGAUGCUAGCGCUAGUCACUUGUAACGCCUCCUCACACACACUAGAUCACCAGUGGCGAGUUUUCUCGCAUCGUCGCACACUAAUUGAGUUUGAAUGCUGAGGUGGUAUUUUCUCUUUUUGGGGGAGAGGGCAGGUAAACGAAUGAACAAAAGUCCAAUGCAUGUUGCUAAAAAUAUGAAAAGAAGAAAGCUGUCCACUAAUUUGUGAAGACGUUGCUAACGGGGAAUCAUGUUGUGGAAAAAUGUGACAGAUGAAACCUCAACUUUGGCUGUUUUUGUAUGUUUACUUUUUAGCCACUCAAAUACUAUGCUAACUAGAAACUGACUCCGAGGUUAUGUAACGAUUAAAGAGCAUAUUUUCAUGAGAUGACAUUUAAAUAUUCUAGUUUUUCACCACUUUGUCUGAUUUGAUUAUUUUUCCCCGCUAAUUUGAUUUGAUUUCAACAGUUGUUUUUUUUAUUUCUGCCAAUGAUAAACUUUCAUAUUUUGUAACUUUGCUGUGAAAUAUUUAGUUGUGAUGGAAAAGAUGAAAAUAAAGAAUGUA